UGCUACUGUAGCGUCUGCUUUUCUGUAUACUUACUAAAGGGAACCUUGACCACCAAGGACUAAGAACACCGCUGUAGCAGAAAUGUCUGGGUUCACUGAAAAACUCAGUUCUUACACUAUGACGCAGUUAAAUGAGUUGCUUGAGGACGAGGAAAAGCUCAACAAAAUCGUCCAAGAUUUAGAAGAGGGCAGAGUAAAGGCAGGAAGAGGAGUCGUCUUUCUCGUCACUGAGGAAAAGCAGGCCCCUGUUGAAGACACAACCUACCCAAAACUGUGGUUUCCUCUUUUGUGUUUUGUGACUGCCAAAUCUAUGCGCUACACGCAGGGCGUGCAGCAGUCCAAGGACGUGGUGCUGGCCGGGAAUCGCAGCCUGGCCGAGCAGAACCUCCUGCUGCAGCCCUCACUGGACCUGCAGAAGAACGAGCUCACAAAGCGGUACCGCUGCCUCCAGGAGCUCUUCGAAAGCUUCCAGCUCCGCAAGUCCACGUUAGAUCAUAAGUUAGGCAGUGGAUCGAUGGACACACUGUUGGCCCUCCUGCAGGCAGAAGGUGCCAAGAUUGAGGAGGAGACUGAGAAAAUGGCGGACCUGUUCCUGGAUGGCGGGCAGCCAUUGGAGUCCUUCGUCGAUGAUUACCAGAGCAAGAGGAAGCUGGCGCACCUGCGGCGAGUGAAGAUCGACAGGCUGAGAGAGAUGGUCCUGAGGGGCGUCAGGAUGCCCCAGGCCCCCGUGGUUCAGCCCACCCCCGCGCCUGCCCCCCAGCUCGCCCCCGAGGCCGACACCAACGGCUCCCCGACUCCCGCGCCCCGGAGGUCCCCCACCCAACCGGCUCAGCCCGCGUCCGCCCAGCCCGCCGGGCUCUCCGGCUUCCCCUACCCGCCCUGCCCGUACCCCUCCGUCCCGCCCCAGACGGGCUACGCCUCCGCCUUCCUCCCCGAGGGCCUGGGGCCCCAGCCCGGCUUCAUCAUGCAGUGA